UAUAUACAAUUUCGACAAUAAAUGAAACGAUUUGUUAGCUGUGCCACCCACAUAAUCUAAUCUCUUAGCGCAGCCCCAAUUUCUAAGAAACUAACGAUAAUGAAAAUGUUAUUUUUUCAAAAAACUACACACAAAUACUUUCCAAGGGGUUACGAGCAAUUGACCUUUCAAUGGAGCAAACAAAAAAUCCCCCACUUCUCGGAUGCAACGCGCAGCUUAUCGACAGCAGGUGCGACAGCUCAACUGAUAAGCGAUAAGCAAUAGAUAUUCGGUUAUUAUGAUUUCGGGGCGUCGCGUUAUCGACGUCCAGUUGUCCCACUGAGCUCAGUAGAACCACAAGCAGUUGGUUGAUCGGUUCCCUUCAAACGACUCGCUAUCUACCAUGGAAAAUAGAGACGCACCACCAGCCUACAAUGAGCUGACAUCGCCUAGCACUCAAGUAGCUACAGGAGGAUUAACCGCACAGUUGACCAGUCAACAACUGCACUCUCAGGCGUCCAGCAAUCAAUUGCGUGAGCAGGUGAACAGCCAAAUACCUGCUGGACCUGCUCAGGUGAACAGCACUUAUAUCCCGGCGCAGACCUAUCAGCCAUUUCCGCAAGGACCGACACAACCGCCACUCUAUCCACCAUUCACACAGCAGCCAACCACAUCCUGUGUGGUCAUUCACACAACGACCAAGAAUCAAGUCCCCGUUGGCCGGGAUCCGACAUUUGUGCGUUGUCCCUCGUGUCAAAGCGACGUGGUGACCACAAUUCAAACGAAGCCCACGACUCGAACACACGCAUUCGCCUUGGGAUUGUGCUUCAUUGGCUGCUGGCUCUGUUGUUGUAUUCCCUACUGCAUGGACUCCUGCAAAUCCGCCAAUCAUUAUUGUCCUGUUUGCAACGCAUUUGUGGGCAGUCGCAGGGAUUAACUAUUGAUCCCUAAUAAUUCUUACACCUAAUUUAAAAAAAUAAAUAUAUAAUUAUAAUGAUGUGUAAAGCUCUGUCUUCUUUUGCGCUAAGAAAUUAUUUGUAAUCGAAAUCGAAAGAACUCAACGUUGAAGACUGUUCAAACAAAAAGUAUAGCAUACUUUUAGGAACAUCAAAAAUUUAAUGUAUAUGUGAUAAAAUAUCAAAAAUAAUAAUAAUAAUGCUCAAAUCCAUGGAGCAUUUAUACCUAACAAUCUUAUAUAAUAUUGAAUCUUUUCUUAAUUAAUUUUCGGCUUAAUAUGUAACUGAAGAUAAAUAUUUGGAAUUUAUUUACCUAUGUAAAAAUUUAACAAUACGUGGGAUCGACACAUGUUUAUAAAAAAUAAUUAGUGGAUCUUAGACUCUUAUGGCAUCAGAGCUAUGCGCACUUAUCGAAUCUCCAGUGUUUCUAUAGGUAAAUGACAAAGAGCGCGCAUAACACAUUCAUUCCGCCAAUAUGUUAUAUAUAAGAAAUAUACAUAUAUGUCGCCAAUAUGUUAUAUAUAAGAAAUAUACAUAUAUGUCGGCUCAACCUACAAAGCAGGGCGCGGCCGGCCUACGGCCUUAGGCUUCGAGAAUAAUAAUUGAAAUAAAGCAUUAUUAUCAAAACCGGAACAACAUAGCACUGAUGUGCUUGGUCUUAUUGUUUCAAACUUCCCAACUCAACAUACAAGCAACUCAACAAAUGAGGACCUUAACAAGACGACCAGACUGAAAAAAUCAUAAAAAGUGUACGCAAAUAUUCGACUUAUCAGUCACCCUUUGAUGAUUUCAAAAAUAAUUUUUGUAAAUUUUAAAACCUUCAAAUUAUAAAAACUCUAGAAAGGUUAAAGCAUACUCUCAUUGUUUCACUUUUCCUAAAAAUGGGUGUCUGAUUUCCAUGCUGAAACCAAAUCAAAAUAACAUGACUUCCACAAACAGUGUUCCAUUCACAUACACACCUGCACCUUCGAUCCCUCCACCAUUCACCUACACUCCUGCUGGUGCUGGUGGAGAAAGUUCAUCUAAGGUAACCUGUCCCAAGUGUCAAUCUGAAGUCAAAAUGCGUUCCAAGUAUCAUGCAACGAAUAAAACCUAUUGUGUGACAGCAUUAUUUGGCCUCUUUUUCCUUUGGCCAUGUUUGUGCCUUCCCUUCUUCUUCCAGUGGGGCUAUAAGUUCAGCAAGUUCUGUCCCAAUUGCAAAACUCGAGUCGGAGGAUUGUAAACGGUACUCUUAACAAUCUGUGAAACCAAGCAAAUUAACAAUCCAAAACCUCGUACUUCUCUCAGAUAAUCCAGGCAUUUGAGGCUCUUCUUUGUAGAUAUUUUAGUAUUAAAGUUAUUAAAAUGUACAUGAAUAAAUAUUGUUGGUAAAUAUAA